AUGGGAAUGGCUUCGACCAGAAUAAUGUGCGGCGGCGGCAGCGACGUCGGCGGAUGGAAGAAGACGCGUCACACACGUCUCCCCAUCAAAAACCGCAACGCCAAGAGGGCUCGCCAACAAAUGAACGACCUCUCCGUUGCUCGGCGGUUGGUCUGUCCUGAGAGCAAUGGGAAGGAUGAGACAUGUGUGCCAGAGCCUGAGCGCACGUGCGUGUGCCGCCGCCGCCGUCGACAACAACCAUUUCGUUCGUAAGGCUUGUAAAGGCUACAUGACGAACUGA